CAAAGUCACUCAGCGUGGUGUUUAUGAUUGUUUAGCGUUGUUUUGAUUUUUCGCGUUAAAUCAUUCGUGUAAAGUCGUGUGUUCAUAUAAAAUGUCGAAAUCAACUAGAACUGGUGGCCCAAAAAAUGAUCCUGCUCUUUGUGAGAAAAGUUUUGAGGUAGUGACUAAGGACAUGCAAAUAAUUGAAAACCAACAUAAAACACAUUUGAUGGGUACAGGUAGUGGUCCUUAUCAACCACCUAAAAGUGAUGAUCCUGAAGAAUUUAAGAAACUAAUUGAACCACACAUUGAUGGCAUGUUUACCAUAUAUGACAGUGAUGCAGAAUUGAUGGGCCAAUUGCAACAAUCACUGCCAGGUCAGGAAAGGAUACAGCCAGUUGAAAAUAAAUUUGUGGAAUAUUUGCAGAAUAAUUACAGACCCAAGUCAAAAACGUCUAUUACUGACUCAAUACAAAAGGUCUCAAAAGCCAAGCUAGAGUUAGUUAACAUGCAGAAACUCCUCAUAGAAAAAGAGUUGCUGCAUAAACAAAAACUGCAGGAGCUUGAAUUGGAAGACAAAAUAAAGGAGAACAGGUUUAAAGAGCUAAAGCGGCAAAAAGAGCUCGAGUUAGUGGAUGCAAAAAUUAAAAAUGCACAAUUGAUUAUAUUGAAUAAAUAA